AUGCUAACUGGUUUGAGGGACGCAAUCAAGGCUGAGCUUCAAAAACGAGCAGGCACUGAAGAUAUCAGGGCAAGAUUGAGGGAAUGCCUAGAUAAAGUGAUGCUGUCUCGAGUUUUUGACCUGGAUGGUCUAUGGGAGGUCUUGGCAGAUCUGGAUCGAAGCGCACCAGUUGAAGAAGAAGCUGUUUUACUACACCAAGAAAAGGAUAUACAGAAGCAAGUCGCAACAGAAGGACAGGUUGAAGAGAUCCAGGACAGUCAAGACGAAGACGAUGAGGCGUUCUCGCCCAUACGGCAAGCUUCACAACCCCUACUGCAAGAGGAAAAGCUGCCCAGCAAAGCAGCACCACAUCCAGAGUUUAUUGUGAUGACGCAUUUCUCCUCGCUUCUCACAAGCCUCUUUGCUCACCGAGAGAGGUCAGCUGCCCGUACUGCUCUUCAACUUUUGGGUUCUCACCUACGCCACCUCUCACGCAAUCUUUCAUCUAACCCACUGAUUCUUCUGCUCAACUCCACAUCAUCAAGCUUCUCGGGCCCAGCGUCUACCGGAACUACAACCUCUCCUGUGAAACAAGCCUUCAUCGACCCAACUCUACGAUCCAUCUUCAACCCACCCUUAGCUACAGGCUACAGCAGUCGACGAAUCAAGCCCAACUUCGGUCUUUCUUUCACUCAGUUACUGGAUUUGCAUAUUUUAUGUACUAGGAUCCCUAAAACGAGAAUGGAUACCGAGCUGGUAGUCCAACCGCGCGCCGGAGAAGAGGCCAAGAUGGUAUGGGUUGUGGAGGUGCUGUUGGAUGAAAUGGGAGUUUGGGAAGGCAAGAUGGGGGCUAGGAUGGGGAGGGAACAGAGAUGGACUGUCAUUGAUGUUGUGAAGGGGAGGAUUGAGCGUGCUUUUGAUGAUGCAGAGGAAGGGGUCAAAGUUUCGAAUACAAGUGAGGUAAGGCUUGCGGCAGAAUUCGGGGGCCGGAGAGCUUAA